CGCUUCUGGUUGCCAAGGGAACGGCGUUCUGAGAGGCAAGAGGGCUUAGGACCCGCCGCUUCUUCCACUUGUAGAGAAAGAGAAACUGCGGUGGCGGGAUAAGACCCCUCCCUUUCGGGGGACAGUGGGUGACGCUGAGUGUCAAUGCUCUGACGACUGGACACUGGUUUUCGCCCAGAAGGAUAUCAAUGGAUAUUAUAAAGGGAAACUUAGAUGGAAUUUCAAAACCAGCCUCAAAUUCAAGAACACGUCCUGGGAGCCGAAGUUCAAAUGCUUCUUUGGAGGUGCUCUCACCGGAACCAUCAUCCUUCAAGGUUGAUACUGCAAUCAAUUUGAACUCUGGUAAAGAAGGCCACUCAGAAAGCAAUAAUACAGAGGAAAGUAGAAACAGUAAUGAUAAUAAAGGGGAAAGCUACUCUGAGAAAAUAAAAUUGCCUGAAGAGGGGUCAGAUGAUGAUUCGAACUUGGGUCAACAUCAGAUAGUCCCUGAAUGUUCAGAUGAAUUUGAAUUAAAAGAAUUAGAUUUUCAACUUCAGGAUGCGAUUCGGAAGAUGAAGAGGCUUGACAAGAUAUUGGUGAAGAGACAAUACAGAGAAAAAGAAAUUAAGAAGCAAGGUCUAGAAAUGAGAAUAAAGCUGUGGGAGGAAUUUAAGUCUGCAAAAAAUGAUGAAGUUUUGCAAAGUAAUGAGGAGAUGGAAAAUACAAAAAAGUUUCUAGCUUUGACUGCUGCAUCAGAAGAAACUGUUGAUCCUUCUUGUAACAAGCAUGAAGAUACCUUUUUCUCGGUGUUUCAUACUCAAGUUCCACCAGAAAACUAUGAAAAUCAUAUACAGAAUGUCAAACAAGAUUCUACCUAUGAUGUGGAAAGAAAUGAGUCAAUGAUUAAAGCAGAAAAUAAACCUUUCUCAAAUACAGAAAAGAUUGAGCUCAGGGGUAAACACAGCCAGGAUUUUAUUAAGCGAAACAUUGAGUUGGCCAAGAAUUCAGGAAAACCCGUGGUUAUGAUUGACAGAGAAAAGGAAAAGCUGGUUGAACUUUUGAAGGACUUAGACGAUAGUGAUUCAGGGCUGUCCAGUUCUGAGGGAGGUCAGUGUGGCUGGCUGGUCCCAGGAGAAGGAUACACGCUUGCAGUCACCCAGCAUCAGCAGCUUGCUGAAAUUGAUACAAAACUCCAAGAACUUUCUGCCACCUACCCAACAAUUUUCAGCUCUUCCCCAAGACCAGAACAUCAGAAUGAUAAGAAACCUGACCUUAAUGGUGGUGAUAGAAAUACAGAAGUAACUCCAGGAGAAAAGGUUCUUCAAAACACCAAAGAACAACGGGAUCAGCAGAAUCGGUUGAGAGAGAUAGAUGAAAAGCUAAGAAAGAUGAAGGAAAAUGUGUUAGAUUCAACAUCACUUCUCUCUGAGGAACAGUUAAGGUGUCUUCUGGAUGAAUGCUCCUUCAAACAAAAAUCCACAGUUAGACUGUCUCCAGAAAGAGAAGAGAAAGACAUUGAGGAUAUGAUACCUGAGUUCCCCCAACUUUCUGGAUCUAGUCUCUCUGAGUCAUUAAACAGGUCAAAAACAAAGGUUAGAAGCACUGAAGUGGAGGACGUAAAUGUGCCCAAGAAUGUAGAAUGUGCAACAUCCAGAGGCUACUUUCUCACCAAAGCCUUGACUGGGCAUCACAUGUCACCAGCUCUUCUCCUUGAAGCAGAGAAUGUGAAAUGCCUUCAGUUUUCUGAGGACAAGAUUAUUAGUGAUGCAGAAGACUACUUUAUGUCUAAGACUCUGGGCAUUGGGAGACUGAAAAGGCCCUCUUUCUUGGAUGAUCCACUGUAUGGGAUCAGUGUGAGCCUUUCAUCUGAAGACCAACAUGUGAAACUCAGCCCUCCAGAGAAACUCAAACCAGAUGAACAGGAGACUGAAGAUGUGACAGAAGAAUGUAAAGAAUCUUAAGCACUGACUUGCUGGGUUGUGCUUUUAAGAGAGUUGGUAAAUUAAGUUAAAAUACAUUUUUUUCCAAAUUCUUUUAAUUCAGUGAAUGCAUUAUAGAGACCAUUCCUCAAAUGACGAUUUUAAUGUUUAGAUUCUCUCUUUCUGGAUCAUAUUUUUUUGGUAUUUUUUGAGACUUGUGGUAAAUUUCUCACUGGUUUUUCCUCAUUGAAAUUCCCAGGAAAAUUGUUUUUUAUUGCAUUAUAGAAACCAACAUUUUAUGUGUGCGUGCUAUGGUAAAACUAGUUGAAGUUUUAUGAUUGUUUUAUAUUUGAUAUUACACAUUACUACUUUGUUGGGGUUUAGACAGGUUUGUUGACCAUGACUUGUGGUUUUGCCCUGAUUUCCCUUCUUUCCUUCUCUCUAUGCCUGUUAAGUAAGUAUAGCUUGCUGUGAAGAGAAAUGAAUUUUUCCCAACAAAACAAUGUUAGGGAACCUUAUUAUCUUAUUAGUAUUGGUACUUUUCAUAAGCAGAAGUUUGACUGAAUUAUUUCAUAUAUGACGUUUAGUUUGUUAUCGUCUUUCAGAGUUUACCUUUUAGAAUUCAGCAAAUAAAGAUAAGCUGGUUUUAAAAAAGCUGUAUUACUAUUUUAAGAGAGAGGGUUUGUUAGUUACAAGUUAGUAACCUGAAUUUAUGAGAACAUUUUAUGUCUUUUCCAAACCCAUGUGCUUCUGGUAUUUGAUUGGUAAGUAUGUGUGUGUGUGAGAGAGAGAAAGACAGAGAGAGAGGGAGGGAGAGAAGAGGAGAGGGAGAUAGAUGGCGAGAAGAUAGUUUAUGGCUUAUAAUAUAUUUCUCCAAAUGGUAUUUGGGGCAUAGUGGACCUUUAUGUUACAAAAGUUUAACAGAGGGUAGGAAAGUAGAAUGAUUAAGUAAUUAAUUCUACCCUUGAAAGGAAUGAGACCCUUCCAUAGCAUGUAAACUGAAGGUACCUACCUCUAACAAAGAGCUGGCAAGCUGAAUUUGUAUAAUAUACUCAAUAGGCUCCAAAUUAAAUGAAAGAUUACCUUGAUAAGAAAGAAAAUGUUCUUUAAAAAGCAGAGUUUUUAUUUUAAGUUUCCCUCUAGACCUGAGUGUUUGCCCCCAGAAAAGGUAGAGAAAAAGUAUGAAAGAGCAAGAGCUAACUCAUUUCAGGAAUAAAUUUAGAAUCUUAAAAUUUGAGGUUUUUUUUUUUUUUACUUAUGAUUCCUCAAGAAAGCUACUGACACCACCUUUAUUGUAAAUUCCCAUAGGACCUAGAGUUUAUUGCCGUUCAGUCCAACUCGGAAACGCAUGACAAUAAACUCCUACAGAAGGAGAGAGCUAUCACCCCGAUGGCGUAGUUUAAAUUUUUAACAAGUCCUUUAUUUCAGUACAACAUGAUUCGAAGGUCAGUCUUGGAGUGCAUAUGGAGCAUUCCUGGUCAGAAAGCUCCAGGUCCCAGUGUCUUCUGUCCCAUCCUGAUACUAUCAGUUACUUUUGUUUCGUUACUUAAAAGUGAAUUUGAAUUCUCUUCCAAGACUUCAGGGGCUGAGCUGCUCUGAGAAUGAAUGGUGUCAUGUUUCAAAGAAUAAUUCUUUCAAAUCAGUUUUCCAAAGUUUAUAACCAACACCUUCCAGUUCCUGAUUCUUCACCUAGAUACCAUAAAGUGAUUUGGCAAUUUAUACUUAUAUAUGACUAUGCAAUUUAUACUUAUAUAUGUUUCUAGAAUGAGAGAGAAAAGUCAGUAAGGGGAAAAAAGAUUCUGUCUCACUCAGCCUGUCCUUUUUGUUUAAUGGACCUCAAAGGGAGAUCUUUAUUCAUAAAAAUUUUUAUUCUAAAAUUUUUAAAAAUUCUUUUUAAAACUAAAAAUUGGAUGGUAUUCUACAUUCAUGGUUAGCACACCUGAAGCUCAGGUUCUGCUUAUUGUAAGGCUUUGGCUUUCUCACAAUAAGUUGAUAUUUUAUAUGUGUGUGUGUACAUAUGUGUGUGUGUGUGUGUGUGUGUGUGUGUGUAUUAGGAUUUAUUCCCAGUUCUCCCUCUCUUAAAUCAUCUUUCUGACCAAAGGCAUAGUCACUCUCCAAAAUGUGAUCUCUAUAGAAUUUGACUGAGCUUUUCAAGGACAGUUUGUCCUUCACUAACAUUUCUAAAGCUUCUUCACAGCCUGGUGUCCUCAUUCAUGGGUCAGAAGAUGUAGCUGUGAGUAUGUGCUUCACUCCUGUUCUCCUUUUUAUUUUCAGGAACAGAAGUGGGCUUUGAAAAGGAUUCGAUAAAUGACAUUUAAUGACAUUAGUAAAAUAUAAACUUAUAUCCUUUUGAGUCCCACAUCUUGUGGGGGUGGUCAUUUCUCAUUGCUUGUUUUUAGUAUGACAGGCUAAUUUAUUUUGUUCUUUUAUUCCACAAAUCCAGCAAAUACGUCAUCUAAGCAACUGCGUCUUCUUAAAUUGUAUAGGAACUGGGAACGUUACCGUUCCUGUGAUUUCUGUUUGUGUAUGCUCUAUUGGCUUAAGGAUUCAGUUUACCCAUACCUCAUAACGUAAGGCCAGAAAUCAAAUAAACACGGAUACAGUAAGUAUAAAUAUAAAUUUCCAUAUGAUUUAUUGUUGUUCCUUGUACAUAAGAAACAGUAAUAUACAACUUACACUGCUUUAGAAUGUAAAAUGGAUAAAAAUGUGUACAAAAAAAGCACAUUCCUAGAAAAGUAUUGGCAAAUAGUAAAAACAGGGAGGAGGGUAACAAGCAAAAAACAAAUCAACAAAACAAAAAACGAACAAUUCUUCAAUUCAGUGUGCAAACAUUUUAUAAAAAUAGAAAUACUAACUCUACAGGCAGUAUUUCCUGAUAAAUUAUUUAAAUAGCAUAUCUACACAAUCUGAGAUAUCUAUUCCAAAGGCAUUGAGAAAAUAAUUUAUAAAAAUAAAGCAACGGUAUACAAGAUGAUAGAAAAAAA